CUGCGAGUAAAGUUUGGUUUUCGUUAGAGGUCACACGUCUCGUGAAACACCGGUGAAGGAGCUGUCACUUCAGAUCUAAAUUUUCAAUUUUUGUAAACUUGCAGAACAAAUUUCAUUCCUAAAAAUUCUUCAUAAUGACUCUGAAAAAACUCAGCAUUGAUGCUGUGGAUCUGAAAGAUAAACGUGUUUUGAUGAGGGUGGAUUUCAACGUUCCAAUUAAAGACGGUGUAAUUACUAAUACUCAAAGGAUAGUUGCUGCCUUAGAUUCCAUUAAAUAUGCCUUAGAUAAAGGCUGCAAAUCUCUAGUUUUGAUGAGCCAUCUUGGUAGACCUGAUGGAAAGCGAAAUGAAAAAUUUUCACUCCGAAUUGUAGCUGAUGAAUUAAAGAAGCUGCUUGGAAAGGAUGUGCAGUUUCUAUCUGAUUGUGUUGGUCCUGAGGUUGAAGCAGCCUGUGCAAAUCCUGCUAGUGGAUCAGUUAUUUUGCUUGAGAAUUUAAGAUUUCAUAUUGAAGAAGAAGGCAAAGGUGUGGAUGAUAGUGGUGCUAAGGUCAAAGCUAAACCUGAAGAUGUUGCUAAAUUCCGAGAAUCACUCACUAAGUUAGGUGAUGUUUAUAUAAAUGAUGCAUUUGGUACAGCCCAUCGAGCCCACAGUUCAAUGGUUGGUGUCAAUCUUCCACAAAAGGCAUCUGGAUUUUUAAUGAAAAAAGAGCUUGAAUAUUUUGCUAAGGCUCUUCACAAUCCUGUACGACCAUUUCUUGCUAUAUUAGGAGGAGCCAAAGUUGCUGAUAAGAUUCAGCUUAUAGAAAACAUGUUGGAUAAAGUAAAUGAAAUGAUUAUUGGAGGAGGAAUGGCUUUUACAUUUUUGAAAACACUGAACAAUAUGGAGAUUGGAAAUUCCCUCUAUGAUGAAGAAGGCUCAAAAAUUGUUGGAAAUCUUAUGGAGAAAGCUAAGAAGAAUGGAGUUCAGAUCCAUCUCCCUGUAGAUUUUGUUACUGCUGAUAAGUUUGCAGAAAAUGCCACUCCUGGGACUGCUACUCUAGAAUCUGGUAUUCCAAAAGGACACAUGGGAUUAGACUGUGGUCCAAAAAGUGUUGAAGUAUUUUGUGCCUCAAUUGGUAGAGCAAAGACUAUUGUUUGGAAUGGUCCAGUUGGUGUAUUUGAAUGGGAGAAUUUUUCCAAAGGCACUAAAGCUGUAAUGGAUAAAGUGGUUGAAGUAACAAAAGCAGGAGCAACUACUAUUAUAGGGGGUGGAGAUACUGCUACCUGUUGUGCAAAGUGGAAAACAGAAGAUAAAGUUAGUCAUGUUAGCACUGGAGGAGGAGCUAGUUUGGAACUUUUGGAAGGUAAAACUUUGCCUGGAGUUGCUGCAUUGUCAGAUGUCUAACUGUGAAAGUAUUCUUCCAUAUUGUUGAACUGCCUAUUUCUUGAGUCUCCUAAAUGUGUCCUAUUCAUGUAAACCUGUGGUUUCUGUCAGUCAUACGGUCAAAAGUAUUAUUAUGAGUUGUUGGUGUCAUUAAAUUUUAUGUUCUUGUUGUA